CAACGUUGCUUUUAUAAUUCUCUUAGGGGGCCCUUCCUUUUAGCAAACAGUAGACAAGCCAUAAAAUGGCUGUCCUUUCUACCCAGCUCCCGUGUCACAAUGGCCCCAAUGUUCCAGAAUUUUCUUUAAAGGUUUUAAAAUGUUGGCGUAAGUGCCUGUGUAGGUUUGUCAGUGGUAUGUAAGUAGGGCCAGAGGACUUGGAUGAGACGAGAUCCAGACUGUCGCAACAGCACCCUUCAAAGUCCUGGUGGUCUCGUCCAAUGUUGGGUUGGAAGUGGCCCCUUAGGAGAGAAGGGGCCGGCUGCCUGAUGGCAAAGGGGACAGCGAGUGUCUGCGGCAGGCAACCCCAGAGCGGCGGCGAGAAGCGGAUCUCCUCUGGAGCCAAAGACAAACGGUUCCCUGGGUACGCGGCCGCCAUGCUCCUGUUCAAUGGCGCUAACUGCCAAGUGGCAGGUUUUGCUAUCGCCACGGUCGGAUGGAUCCUCACCACCACUUCUAUGGGCCUCGUGGAGUGGAGAGUGUGGUACCUGGACAACACCUCUCUCUUUCCCUCUGGCCUGGUGUGCGUGGGAAUGUGGAAAGUCUGCAUUUACCACCACAUCAGCAACUAUAACAGAGCCACAUUUUGCCACCGUUACGACUACCGUGAUACUUACCUCCCUCUUGAUAUUCGUGUUUCUCAAAAUCUCCUGCUGGUCGCCAGCAUUCUAGGCCUUUUAGGGAGAGCCUCCCUCAUCUUUGUACUUAGAAAUGCGUGCAUGGGAGUUCUUUGGAAGAAUGCCACCUUCAUUCCAUUUGUUGCGUCAGGAAUUCUGAACCUGGCUGCUGGCAUCUGUAUCUCAAUCGCUGUGGUCUGGAAUUACCACUCCAUGAUGAAUGAAGAGGGUAUUACCUUCCCCCCAUCUCUCUCUAUACCCUUCAAGCCAAAUACUCAGGAGAUUGGCAAUGCCUUUCUGGUGGCAUGUCUGGCUGCCUUCAUGAUGAUGUUAAGUGGGUUACUUUUCCUCUCUUACAAAUUCCCCAUGGUUAGCCAAGUGCAUCCUCAAACUUCAGAGAUGUAAAACUCCUGGUUGCGUUGGCUUUGCGAAUCCAGCUUGACCAAGAGUUUAUGAGAAGUAUUAGUAGGAUGUUCUAUCAAAUAUUUCCAAAGAUUCAAGACCAUGGCAAAGGUAGUUUGGGCAGAAGGUGGCCAACUAUUUCCUUCCUUUACCUUCACCUUCUGUGUCUUCGUUUCAUUGAUUCACCAGUUCAUUGAAUUGAGGAAAUUUCAUUUAAAAAAAAAAAUCUUCCUCACCUGCCACUUGGUCU